ACUGGUCGCUGGCGGCGGCGGCGGCGUGGAGAGUGCCACGCUGAGGGCAGCAGCAGCAGCAGCAGCGAGGCAGUGUAGUGGUGGUGGUGUUGGAGUGGACGGUGCCGCUGGGCUGGGACCAGGAGCCACUCUUGUGCUAGGACACGAUGUCUCAGGUGUUCUAGGACUAGUAGCCAGCAAUGUGCUAGGACACGGUGCCGCCACUGCGCUGGGACUAGGAGGCACCGCUGCGCUGGGACUAGCUAGGGUGCCACGCAAGACGGCGACUGCUGGGAAUAUAGUGCUCAGCGGGACGACAAGGGCUCCGUGCCCUCUCCCGCUCUCCAGGAUGGAGGAUCUGCUGACGUGUACAGUGUGCUGCGAACAGUACCAUGAGAAGCAUCGUCACCCGGUGCUGCUCCCGCGCUGCGGCCACUCCUUCUGCCGCCCCUGCGUCGCCUUCCUGGUCAAGAACGGCUGCGUCAUCUGUCCCAGCUGUCGCAUGGACCAGCGGGUGGAGACGGCCGAGCACCUCCCGACGGAGUUUAGUCUCCUGGCCAUCACCAGCGUCCAGCAGGUUACUAGGAUGGAGACGUGUGAGAGGCACCAGGUGAAGCUGUCAUUCUGGUGUAGGACGUGCUCCGAGGCCGCCUGUGGAGAGUGUCUCUUCGAGGACCACCCCACGCACUCCCACAAGGUCCUCAAGGCUACCACGUACAUCGGGGAGAUGAAGGACUCCGUGAGCGCCAUCGCCAGCAAAUUCGUCGAGGCCCUGGACUUGCGGGAGCGCUGGUACCACCAACAGGUCUUCCGCUGCACGAAGACCAUCAACGACGCUAUCCGCACUCUCAGCGUCCUCAGGAGAGACUUGGAGGACGCCCGGGAACUGAUGAAGGGCGUCAAUGUUGUGGAGGGCAUCGCCCCGACCACCACCCUCUGCGACGCCGCCAAGUGCCUGGGACUCAAGUGGAAUCUGAAGGAUUGUAAUCUGCUUUUCAGCCGCGCCGCCGCGAAGAAGGAAGAGACAACGGCGCAGGAAGAGAAGGAGAAAGACGAGAGCGAGACGAAGAACAAGACCGAUGACAGCAAGAACAAUGAGGAGAAGGAAAUAAAGGUCAAUGAAAAGGAAAGGGAAAUUGACGAGUCUGAAACCCUUACCGAAGAGGAGAAAAGAAAAAGGAAAAAGAUGCUGAGAAUUAAAGAAAAGUUGGCCGCGGCUGCGGCAGCUGCCGAGAGAGUGUCUGCAGCAUCCGUACACGAAGAUGACGAAGGGAAGAAAAACGAUAAACCAUGUGAGAAAGAAAAGACAGAUGAUGCAAAGGAGAAAAGCAAUCAUACCAAUGAACAGCCUCCCCUGGCGAUCGGUGCAGCUAAAACAAAACUUCUGGCCAAGAAAUAUGCUCCGACCCCGAGAGAGCCUUCAGUGACCCCGGAGAGAGAGGUCCAGCACCCCCCGAGAGAGCCUUCAGUGACCCCGGAGAGAGAGGUCCAGCACCCCCCGAGAGAGCCUUCAGUGACCCCGGAGAGAGAGGUCCAGCACCCACACAACAACCCCCCCUCACCUUCUCAAGAGAAAGAGAAUAAAGACGAGAAAAACAAGGAAGCCAGUGAUAACAAGGACAUAGACACUAAACCAGAAGAUGAAACAAGAUCAAAGCAAGAAGCAGCGACGGAGACCCAACCAGAGCCUUCGAGGACACAGCCAGAGAAGGAGUCGAACCAGAAGAGUCUCACAGACUCGCUCCACGAGGCGACGUCACAGAAGGGGCCCUCGAAGGAGAAGAAGGAGCUAGGUGCCAUUAAGAAGCCCAGAGGCAGGUUGGCCCGUCAGGCACUCAAGAGAUCCCAGACCAUGAACCUCGCGCCUCUUAACGAUGACAACACCUCAGGUGACCUCGUUAAAGACAACCAAUCAGAUAACAUCAAGGGCCUCGACUUGGAAACUGUGAAACUCAAUAAAAACGAGGAGCCUUCUGUCGACAAUAAAGACAUCGAAGAUCAAGCUAACACUGAGACGUUAGAAACACAAGAAAAGGUGGAGGAAGGAGAGGAGAAAAGGGAUGAGAAUGAACAGCAAGAAUCUGGGAAUAAAGCAGAGGACGCAGCAACACCGAUGUUUGAAAUGGAGCCAGAAGAAAAGGAAAGAAUUGCGACAGAGCUGAUGUUGGUGCCAAGUCUGACAGUGGUGGUGGAGGGAACAGGAGGGCGCCUGGCCCACCUCACCUGGGAGACCAUGGGUCUACACGUCUACUGCCACCAGUACCAGGAGCUUCCCUACGACGUUAUCAUCAAGUCGAAUGUGGUUCACUCGCUGGUGCCGACCAAGACCCCGGUAGUGUUCCUGGACGUGGGCACGGAACACAAGCUGCUAGGACGGGUCUACAUCAACCUGUGGGGCCACCUCCGCCGGGCUACCAACUUCCUCCACCUGUGUCUGGGAGAUCGUGGACCUUCCUACAAGAACACCAUGUUCCUCGAAGUCCUCAACGCCGAUUGUCCCGGCGAGAGAAUCAAGGGCGGGGACUUUGACUACAACAAUGGUAGAGGAGGCGAGGCUCUUCUGGAGGACCUGGAAUCUCAGGAGGGAUACUCCAUGUCCAUGGAGGCUGGGAUGGUGACGGCGGGAACCCCCUGCAGGAGGGAACAGGACUCCCAGUUCUUCAUAUGCACGGAGGAUGACCCGGAUCGAAACUUCGCGUGUCCGUUUGGCCGGGUUGUGUCCGGGUUGUACGUGAUGAAGGAAGCUGUGUGGCUGGUGGUCACCAAGCAGGUGUGGAUCAGGGACUGUGGCGUCGUCCUUGAUGUUCCCAAGUUCUAGAGUCUCCUAAUACCUUACUCCCUAAUAGUGGUAAGGACAUCUUGUCUAAUCUCCAUGAAGGAGGCUUUAUGUCUACCUUAGACUACUGUAGACAGUCUAGCUCUGAUAUCAGAAGAUUUUUUUAGUUUUUUUUAAACGAAACUUUGGGUCAAUUAGUCUUACAUCCCGUCUUGUUUUCAGUAACCUGGUAAUGCCUUUGAAUGUUGAGUGGUACCUUGGGUUGUGGCGGGGGGGCUUAAUAACCCCUCCACCACAGGAGGGUUAUUAAGGGUUAUUAAGACCACCACAAUAACGUACUGGCCAGCCAGCGAGUAUACUUUGAUCCUCAACAUAGUCCUGAACUACAGUCAACUAUAGUAAACUGAGAAGUGGGCUACACCUGCUAAACUUUGAAGUAAACAAACGUCUGUAAACUUAAACACUGACGACUUGAGGGUAGCCAAGGACUCAGCAAAUAGUGGUGAACACACACACACUCGUAACUUUCUAUUUGGUGUACAAUGUACAUACAGAAUUUUUUGUAUUUGGAAAAAAAUUGAAUGUGUGAUUUUUCCGAUUUUUUUUUUUAGGAAGUUUAGAUAAGAGUCAAAUGAUGAGGCUGCUACAGAUCUGUGUCACCCUGUACUUGUGCACUCAUUGAUGAGAGCUUGAGUAAACUCAACGUUGCAUCAAUGACGUAUACAUCAACGGCUUGUGGGGGGGAAGGGUUCACGACACGUGAACCCUUGACUCUGUACUCCGGGACAGGAAGCCGUCAGUAAAUAUUUUUAUACA